AACCCAGAAAUUUAUUUGACCUCACAUUUCGAUCUCCCAAAAUCUUCAUAAUCACUCAUCAAUCUCUGCCUCACUGAGGUAGCGAUGGUGAUGGCCUUCCGAGCAGCGGCCACGGCAAGGCCACCACUCCCUCCUUCUACUCUCCCUUGCGCACCCAGAGCUUCUUCUUCUUCUUUCUUUAAACAUGCUCCCCAAGCUCAAUUUAGACCCAGUUCCUUAUCACUACCAACCUCAACAACAAUCUCUCUUUUUGCUUUCUUUACAGUCCCAAAUGAAGCCAUGGCUUUCAGCUUCUCCAAAGAACAGAUAAUAUCUUCUCUAACCCAAGUGGAGAAUACAGUUGACAAGGUACAGGAAUUGGGUUCGGGAGUUUUCGACUUCUCGCAGCGUGUUUUUCAGGUGGUGAUCGAAGCUGUCAAGCCCAGUGUUGAUGUGGCAUUGCCGAUUCUUCAGAAAGCUGGGGAUCAGGCAUUGAAAGUUGCGUCACCGGCAAUUUCUGAGGCUUCCAAGAAGGCCCAGGAAGCCAUUCAGAGCUCAGGCUUUGAUACUGAACAAGUUGUUGGUGCUGCUAAGACUCUGGCUGGUGUAGCUCAGCAGACCACAAAAGUGAUUGAAGAGGCCACACCCAUUGCUUCCUCCACAGUGAAUACAAUAUUGUCAACCGAACCUGUGGCGUUGGCUACUACUGCUGGAGCGUUGUUCCUUGCAUACCUUCUUCUUCCAUCUAUCUGGUCAGCAAUCUCUUUUAGCCUUCGUGGUUACCAAGGUGAGCUCACUCCUGCACAAACCCUUGAUCUGCUGUGUACACAAAAUCAUUUCAUGAUAGAUAUCAGAUCAGAAGGGGACAAGAACAAAGCUGGUAUUCCCCGCCUUCCACCUAGUGCUAAAAACAAGAUGAUCUCAGUCCCUUUGGAGGAACUCCCGAAAAAGUUAAAAGGCCUGGUUAGAAAUGCUAAGAAAGUGGAAGCUGAAAUUGCCGCUCUGAAGAUUUCAUAUCUCAAGAGGAUUAAUAAAGGGUCCAACAUUGUGAUCAUGGGCUCGUACUCUGACACAGCCAAAAUAGUUGCAGCGGCACUAACAAGUUUUGGAUUCAAGAACUGCUGGAUCAUGGCUGAUGGAUUCUCUGGGAACAAAGGCUGGUUAUAUAGUCAGUUAGGGACAGACUCUUACAAUCUCUCUUUUGCAGAGGUUCUGUCACCAUCUCGAGUUAUCCCUGCAGCAGUGAGACGAUUUGGUACUACCAGCUCAACAGCACUUCAAUCGAGUCAAAAGUUUCUUCCUGGGAGCCAGCAAUAAUCAAAAUUUUUUUUUUUUGAAUUUGUUUAGGAGUCAAAAUGAUGUGAAAUUUGUAUAUUUGGAACAAGAUAAGUGAUUUGUGAAUCAUCUUUUGUAAUUCAUAUGAGGAUUGAAAUCAAUCAACCUUGUCAU